AUGGUCCGCCAAAUCUUUCAACUGAGCUUGCUGGUAUCCAUUGCAGCUGCUAUCCCAGCCGUCAUCUACCGGGGCGACUCUCGCAGCCCCGAGACCAUUGAGGCAGAUGGCGGUUUCCGCUGUCGAGGCGACUCCUUCGGCGAGCCCAAAAACAGCUCCAUGAGCUAUCAUCAGCACGUCAUGAUGGAGCCCGGAAACCCCGGAUAUAACAACGACCCGUGGAUCUCAACAUCCAGCAACUACAGUUGGAUUGUGGGCUAUUUCGGACGACAUUUCGAAGGCAACACGACUUGGAUUUACCACAUCAAUACGACUGAUCUCCCAAACGCUGUCGAUAUCAGCGAGGCAUACAAAGCAGAUGGAAAAGAAUACAGCAAGCCUGACGAGGCAGAAAUUGCAGUAAAAGACAUCAUCCCUUGGUCUAAUAUCAUAGAGUGGGACAAAUACCACAUAAGUGAGGACGGCACACGGAAAGAUCGGAUAGACUAA